AUGGCAGUUAAUGAAAAGUUUGAAAUGCAUCUAAUGGACGUUGUCACAGCCUAUUUAUAUGGCUCACUAGACCACAAUAUUUUUAUGAAAAUUCCUGAAGCACUAAAAGGGCCUGAAGCAUAUAAAAAUUCAAAAGAAAGUUGUUCAAUAAAGCUUCAGAAAUCCUUAUAUGGAUUGAAACAGUCAAGGCGAAUGUGGUCAAAAUCUGAAUUUCUAGUAAUAUAUGUUUAUGUUGAUGACUUGAACAUCAUUGGAACUCCUAAAGAGCUUUCAAAAGUUGUUGAGUGUUUGAAGAAAGAUUUUGAAAUGAAAGAUCUUGGUAAGACCAAAUUUUAUCUUGGCCUUCAGAUUGAACAUUUGACAAAUGGAAUAUAUAUCCAUCAAUCAACAUAUACUGAAAAGAUUUUGAAGCGAUUUUACAUGGAUAAAUUAUACCCAUUGAGUAUCCCGAUUGUUGUGAAAUUUCUUGACAGAAAUAAAAAUCCAUUCCAACCUCAAGAAAAGGAUGAAGAGUUUCUUGGUGAUGAAACUCCAUAUCUCAGUGUUAUUGGGACAUUAAUAUACCUUGCCAAUAUUACCCGACCAUAUAUUUUAUUUCGCAAUAAGUUUAUUAGUGAGAUUCAGCUCAUGUCCAACAAGAAACUAUUGGAAAUGUGUAAAACAUAUAUUCAUAUAUCUUCAAGGAACAAUUGA